UAAAUGUAAGUAGUCAAGUGUAGCAUCUUCCUCUUGAAUUUAACAUUUUUCUUUCUUCCUGGAGUUGGGUAUCUUAUUUCCUCAUGGUUACUGCAGCUCCUACUCAGUACCCGUUUGGAAUCAAUGCUCAUCUCCAUGGAAAAUUUUCAAACCGGAUGGAGUUCUCAAGCUCCAGUUUCCCUUCUAGAAUGGAUAUUUCAAAAGUCACCUGGUAUGUCAAUUCCAAGGGCUUAGUAAAUCCAAUAUGUUCUCGGCCUGAUAUUGAUGAUUUGUUUUGGGAGAAAGUCCCGACACCCAUCCUUGAUGUGGUUGAAAACCCCAUCCACUUGAAGAAUUUGAAUGUCAAGGAACUGAAACAAUUAGCUGAUGACAUCCGUGCAGAACUGUCUUCUUUAAUGUCGAAAACUCAAAGAUCCUUAAAAGCUGGUUUGGCAGCAGUGGAACUGACAGUUGCAAUUCACUAUAUUUUCCAUGCUCCAGUGGACAAGAUACUGUGGGAUGCAGGGGAACAAGCAUAUGCACAUAAAAUUCUAACAGGGAGGCGAUCCCUCAUGCAUACAAUGAGAGAAAAGAAUGGUCUUUGUGGCUUUACAUCUCGAUCUGAGAGUGAAUAUGAUCCAUUUGGUGCAGGACAUGGAUGCAAUAGCAUAUCUGCUGGACUCGGUAUGGCAGUUGCACGGGAUAUUAAGGGAAAGCGAGAACGCAUAGUUACAGUCAUAAGCAAUGGCACAACCAUGGCAGGUCAGGUCUAUGAGGCCAUGAGCAAUGCUGGUUAUUUGGACUCAAAUAUGGUUGUGAUUCUAAAUGAUAGCCGCCACUCUUUGCACCCAAAGAUUGAAGAGGGCCCCAAGACAUCCAUCAAUGCUCUAUCUAGUACCCUAAGCAGGCUCCAAUCAAGCAAAUCUUUCCGCAAGUUCAGAGAAGUUGCAAAGGGAGUUACCAAAAGAAUUGGGAGGGGAAUGCAUGAACUCGCUGCAAAAGUUGAUGAGUAUGCACGUGGUAUGAUAGGUCCACUUGGAUCAACUCUUUUUGAAGAGCUUGGCUUGUAUUACAUAGGCCCUGUUGAUGGGCACAACAUUGAAGACUUAAUUUGUGUUCUACAAGAAGUGGCAUCUCUAGAUUCACUGGGUCCUGUGCUAGUUCACGUAAUAACAGAGGAACAUCAAGAUUCAGAAGACAACCAAAAGAAGGAGAUGGCAGAAAAGCAACAGGAAAGUUCAAGUGACUGUUAUCCCAUGGUGUAUGGAGAGCGUCUUCAAACUUAUAGUGAUUGUUUUGUAGAGGCUCUGAUUAUGGAGGCUGAGAAGGACAAAGAUAUUGUAGUCGUUCAUGCAGGAAUGGAAUUAGAUCCUUCUCUUCAAUUAUUUCAAGAAAGAUUUCCAGAUAAGUUCUUUGAUGUGGGAAUGGCUGAGCAACAUGCAGUCACAUUUUCUGCUGGCUUGUCAUGUGGAGGGUUGAAGCCAUUUUGCAUUAUUCCUUCUACCUUUCUGCAAAGGGCAUAUGAUCAGGUUGUCCAUGAUGUAGAUCGCCAAAGGAUUCCAGUGCGUUUUGUCAUUACAAGUGCUGGACUUGUUGGAUCUGACGGUCCCUUGCAAUGUGGAGCAUUUGAUAUUACUUACAUGUCAUGUUUGCCAAACAUGAUUGUCAUGGCACCAUCCAAUGAGGAUGAGCUCGUGCAUAUGGUCACCACCGCAGCCCAGAUUAAUGAUCGGCCUGUUUGUUUUCGGUUUCCUAGGGGUAUCGUUGUUGGAUCAGACAACUGUACAGUACGUGGAAUUCCUAUGGAGAUAGGAAAAGGAAAAGUUCUUGUUGAGGGUAAAGAUGUUGCAUUACUUGGAUAUGGGGCAAUGGUUCAAAACUGCCUCAAAGCUCAGACCCUUCUUUCCAAGCUUGGGAUAGGGGUAACGGUUGCUGAUGCAAGAUUCUGCAAGCCUCUUGACAUUAAGCUUCUUAGGCAGCUCUGCAAGAACCAUAGCAUUCUGAUCACAGUUGAGGAAGGAUCUAUUGGAGGAUUUGGAUCCCAUGUUGCACAGUUCAUUGCCCUAGAUGGACAGCUUGAUGGUGGAAUAAAGUGGCGCCCGAUUGUCUUACCAGACAAUUACAUUGAACAUGCAUCGCCAAAUGAGCAGCUUGCUCUUGCUGGGCUAACCGGGCAUCACAUUGCCGCUACUACAUUAAGUCUUCUUGGCCGCACACGGGAAGCUCUUCUGUUGAUGUCAUAGAGGUAACAAGGACUGAACAUGAAUGGAGGAUAACAGAAACUCAAGAACGGCACUACGUCUCCUGAUCUCUUUGGUAAUUGGUUACCUUUAAAUUCAACAGUAAUUGUACAGCAUUGAUAACAUUACUGAAUCACAUGUUUGUGGAAAUGACAUAAAUGACGAACAACGUCUUUAUUAUGAUCCCAAUUUUGUUCCCUUGCAUUUUUUUUUUUUUUAUCUAAAUUUGUUCUCAUAUCCAGUGACAAAGCUGUCUUUGGUGUUUUUGUUAAUAUCACAUUAUUACAAUCAAUAUUAUUUUAUAUA